AUGCGCUGCGGCAGUCGGCGAAACGGGCGGGGACACCGCCAAGCAGCGCAAGCGGCGUUGGCAGUGGCAGUGGCAGUGGCGACACGAGGAGAGCGGGAAGGAGGGCGAGGGGGCGGUGAAGGGUGGACUGUUGAUGGGGCUGGCGCGCAAUCAUUAACUAGCUCGAUCUCACCAGGCGCCAGGCUCUGCCAUGACCUGUCACAACCACCCGGGUCGAGUGGAAUGGUGGGGUCACCAAUGGGUGGCCGUGAUCCCGGGGCGCUGGGAAUUUUCAACCUCCAACCCCUGUCGAGCCCUGUCCACCCUGCGGCUCCCGUGCCAAAUAUCAGACCCACGGAUUUCCGGCCCCACAGUGGCGCCGCACUGCCCUCACCCAGGCUCUGUCCAUUACCCUCCCCUUCCCACUCUCCUUCAUCCUUCCCCCAUCUUCCCACCAGCUCUGCACCGCACCUGCUUCUCGUGCACCGAGUUCUGGCCCAUAUAGCCCGCCCCCCCCCCCCCCCCCACCCCCCGGCCUUGCAACACGAGCGCACUGUCACGGGCAAGCUGCGGGGUGCUGGGUGCCCUGUGGCGAUUUUGCUCCUCAAAGGCGCGCAGCGAGAAAAGCAGGUGUGCGGGGCGUUGCGGGAUGAAGAGAGGAGAGGCAUGUUUCUCAGGCGCAGCUGGCGGCGCCUCACGGCUGAAUGCCUGCCUAGUUAUUCAUGCACCAACCAACCAGACGUGCAGAGUCCGACCACCAGUGGGUCACGCAUAACGUCCACCUCCCACCGUCUCUCCCUCCCGCACCAAUCUCACCGGCCUCUCUCGCCCGCCUCUCAUGCUGCGCUGACCUCUCCUCCCCUCCGCACCCACCUCUCCCUCCCUUGCGCUUCAGCAUCUUUGCUUAUCUCAUCUCUCACUUUCUCCGCUGAACAUUCGUCACUUCUCUUCACCUGCCUUCCCCAUCCCCCUUCCUUGCUCCCUCCCCAUUCCCCGCCUUCAACUCCCCCUCUCCCUUCCACUCCCCCUUCCCCCUCCCCGUCCCCCUCUCCCUGCCUCCCCCUGCCCUUCUCGCUCCCUCUCCCAGUCCCGCUUCCUCUCCCCCUUCCCUUCCCGCUCUCCCCUUCCCCUCCGCAGAGCAUCACGGGCAGCAAGGCACUGCACCGGCAGUACCUGCGGCACCACGUGCUGCUGGCAGUACCUGCGGCACCACGUGCUGCUGGCGUGAAUCUCCAAGUGCGGUGUGCUGUGCUGGACCACGUGGACACCACCCCGGGCCGCCACGUGGCGCAGUGCAAGACGCGCAAGGGGCGCUGCGAUGCCAUCAUAGCUGACAGCUGGUUUGGUGGUGGAGGUGAGGAAGGAGGCGCUGGCAACGAAGCAGCGCACGCCAUGCCUGGAUCUCAGGAUUGGGGCGAGCGGGUGGAAACAGGAACACUAGCAGUGGCGGUGUAG